AUGGCGGACACGGGGCGCUCCGCGCAGACCCCUCAGCGCAGUCCCUGCACGGCAGCAGAGCCCAUCCGAGCCGAGCCCGGCCUGCCUCCAGGGCGUUUUGUCCUCCCGGGCUCCCUCGACCUGUCCCAGAGGUGCCAGGCCGUCACCACGUCACACAGCCUGGAGGACGGCCGGGAGGCCCGCGUCCCUCUGACCCAGCGGACAGUCCUUCCACUGUGGACGCGGCUCAGCUCAGUCCCACGCACACUAGGAAGAAGAGGAAAGAAAGAGGAGUCUGGAAUGGCUCUUACUCAGGCACAGUUGACAUUCAAGGAUGUGGCCAUAGAAUUCUCUCAGGAGGAGUGGGAAUGCCUGGACCCUGGUCAGAGGGCCUUGUACAGGGACGUGAUGUUGGAGACCUACAGGAACCUGCUCUCCCUGGAUACCUCUCUUAAAUGUGUGAUCAAGGAAUCAGCACCAAAAGAGAACAGUCAUACAGGGGAAAUGUUGCACACAGUGUUGUUGGAAAGACAUGAAAGCCGUGAGACUGAGGACUAUGGCUGUAGGGAAAUCCAGAGACGUACGCGUGACUUUGAGUACCAGUGGAGAAGUGACAGAAGAAAUUACAGAGGAGUGCCUGUCACCCAUAAAAAACAUCUCACUGGUAGAAGAGAUGAAGGAAACAAGCCUAUUGAAAACAGGCUCGGACUAAGCUUUCAGUCACAUCUGGCUGAACUGCAGAUAUUUCCAACUGAAGGGCAAUUUUAUGAGUAUCAUCAAGUUGAGAAGUCUGACAACAGUGACCAGAAAGCAUACACUAGGGAAAAACCUUACAAAUGUGAUGAGUAUGACAAAGCAGUUAAUCAUGGCUCACAACUCACUAACCAUCAGGUAAUCCACACAGGUGUGAAACCUUACAAAUGUAAUGUAUGCGGCAAAGCCUUUAAUCAGAGCUCACAUCUCACUAGACAUCAAAGAAUCCACACGAAAGGGAAACAUCACAAGUGUGAGGAAUGUGGUAAGGGCUUCAGUUACAGUUCACACCUCGUACGUCAUCGCAGAAUUCACACCGGAGAGAAACCCUACCAGUGUGGCGGGUGUGACAAAGCCUUUAGUGUGUAUUCAAGUCUUAUUUAUCAUCAGGUCAUCCAUACUAGAGAGAAACCGUACAAAUGUAAUGAGUGCGGCAAAGUCUUUAGUCAGAGUUCAAGCCUUACUAAUCAUCGCAGGAUUCAUACUGGAGAGAAACCAUACAAAUGUAAUAAAUGUGGCAAGACCUUUAAUCAGAGCUCCCACCUCACUCGACAUCAGGUCAUGCACACUGGAGAGAAACCCUACAAAUGUAGUGAGUGUGGGAAGGUCUUCACUCAAAACUCAAGCCUCGUAAGUCAUCGGAGAAUUCAUAGUGGGGAGAAGCCGUACAAAUGUAACGAGUGCGGCAAAGCAUUUGGUGUGUAUUCAAGUCUUACUUAUCAUCAGGUCACCCAUACUAGAGAGAAACCUUACAAAUGUAAUGAGUGUGGCAAGGUCUUCAGUCAGAGUUCAAGCCUUCCUAGUCAUCGCCGGAUUCAUACCGGAGAGAAACCUUACAAAUGUAAUCAGUGCGGCAAAUCCUUUAUUCAUUGCUCAAACUUCAACAGACAUAAAAAAAUCCACACUGGAGAGAAACCUUACCAAUGCAGUGAGUGUGGCAAGGUCUUCACUCAAAACUCAAGCCUCGUAAGUCAUCGGAGAAUUCAUGCUAGAGAGUAACCUGUCCAAUGUAACGAGUGUGGCAAAAUAAUACAAGUUCAAGCAUGGAUUGACACUAGAGAGUCCACACUAAAGAGAAAUUACAUCAGGGUAACAUACAGGACAGAGGACUUGUACAGACUUCGCAACUGAC